CCGCCCUGUUCUGCCCCGUCCUGUCUUGUCUUGUACCCCCUCCCUCCCCGUCUUGCCCCAACGUCCCAGUAGUGGACGUUACAGGAGGUGUGCCUGUCGCCGUCGCCCAGCCUUUCCCGUUUGCCGACUUGGUGGGACUCCCAGUGGCCAGCAUGACCAGGCUGCGUGGGCAGCAAAGGGACCAGACAAUCAUGAUCAUGGCCGUGGGGGGGGGAGUUGUCCCUCAGCACUGCUCCAUACCCAUGCUGAUCCAUACCCAUGCUGCUCCCUCCUCAUGCUGGCGGCUCGGGCUCCUCGUUCCGCGCGCUGCGAGCCGCCACCAGCACCGGGCGAUGCCCUUGCAGCGGCCUUUGCGUUCUUGCUCGGCAUCCUGGUCGGAUGACUGCUCGGUCGAUCGUGUGCUCGCCAUGGUUGCCUCGGCCCGUCCGCUCCGGUCGUUGCUGUUUUUUCUCACCGUCCUGGUGCUGCUGGCCAAUGAUGCCCUCUGCACUUGGCUCUUUGUGCGCUCCUUCCAGCUCCAGCCGCCCGAUUUCCCAGGAAGCCCCUCCGGUGCUGGUGAUGCCUUGAAACUGGAGCAGCUCCUCGGCCGCAUCGCCCUGCCGCUGGUCGUCUCUGUCGGCCUGCUUCCUGCCAUCCUGGACCUUCUGUGGGGGCGGCUUUGGCCCCGCUGCGUCCGGCCAACACAGGAGUAUCCGGAUCUGCUGCUGGCUCACAUGUUUGCUCUGCGAGCGACAUGCCUCGGGACUUACCUCGAUCCGCUUCGAUACCCGGGCCUGACUGACGCAACGGCCUUCUUCUGGUUCGCCGGCUCGUUGGCCCUCUCGUUCAUCCUCAACAUGCUCCUUUGGCAGCCCGUCUGCGCCGAUCCCGCGGUGCCUUCGUGGGCCUGCUGGGUCCUGGGUCCUGCGUUACGAUACGGUUCCGGCCUGCUCUGCCUCUGGAACCUCGAGUGCUGGCUGUGGAAAUGCUUCUGUCGCCCGGUGCUUGUGCCGGCUGUUGCGGACCGGAUUCAUCGGCCCAGGUCGGUCUAGUUCCCGACUGCCAAGCAGGCAGCUCAAGCGCAUCCAUUCGUCUGCAGUCCGGUGUGCAUGCAUACGCCUUGGACCAUUGCUGCAAGCUUCCCCUCGUAACUAUUCAUCGAUAUCACGGCGCCCGCUGUCCCAUGCACUCCUCGCCUUCGCUGUGCUGGCCGACUUUCCAUCCAACA